AUGGUCAGCUUCCUCGAUUUUCCAUUCGAGCUUCGGCAACAAAUCUAUGAUCUGGUAUUGUCGACCCAACAGCUCAAAGUUCAGCACAUAAAAGACCCAGCAUGGGCAGACGCUGAGAAGCCAGCUGGAGCUCCGGGGCUGUUGUUGGUCAACAAGGCAGUAUAUAAGGAGGCAGCAGCCUCGUUUUAUUCUCGCGCCGUUCUCAACAUAGCACACUUGCGUCCGCCAGCGUACAUGUUCGAUUCGCCGAGCAGAAACGGAUUGAAGCACAAUCUUGCCAUUGGGCUAGACGCUCUGUUUGCAGCUUGUCAACACCAUCUGCAGAGGAUAAAGAUGGCACGGGUCUUCAGCGGCCAACACGAUGCUAUCAAUGCCGAGGCAUACGAGGCUCUUCUUCACUGGCUCGCUGACAAUACAGCGGUACGAGAAAUCUACUUGUCUCGUCGGCUAACGACGAGGUUGCGGAGUGCGAGGACAAAUGUUGACGGCCUCCGGAGCGUACACAAUGCCGCAUUGGACCUUUCGCUGUUACGGACUGUACAUGUGUAUAGGCCUGGCGCACGGUCAGCUUGGGAAGUCACACGCAUGGGCGAGAUUAAACGUGCCUUGAGAGGAGCGAGCCUGCCUAUAUUGCAAGCCUACAUCCUUGAAGCAGGAGGACAGUGCGAUGCGCUUCUUGAUCCACGGUGGGACCUCCGAAGGAGUUCCACCGCCGAGGAAGUUGAUGCUCUGCAUGACAUCUCGGCUUGGCUGGAUAGUCUGUUGGCCGCCGACGUUGUCGCUCAAAAAGCGGAACAGGGCCACGCUCAGGGCGGAGCCUGGUCUGGUUUAUACCAGGUAUGCUUUGUCUUUGGACGCCGACAGCCAGAUGACGUUUGA